AUGCCUACACCGCAGUCCCUUCUCUCUCUCUUCGUCGGCCUAAAGUGGCGUGCAGUAAUGGCGCGCAGCGAAGCAGCCAAGAAAGCCAGCUCGAAAGAAGGGAAUGCGAAUGCGAAUUUCGGCGUGGCGACGGGAAGAAGUGGUGAGUCUGCCAUACCAUACAUAUACCUCGAUAUUGCAAUUCUGUAUUUCUUUGGGGGAAAUUACACCUAG